CUUCGUCAGAACCGCGGAAGAACGACGAUAAGUUAGUUUUAAUAGAAGGCGUGGCAGCAAUGGUACCGUAAGGAUUGCGUGUGCGUAAACUGUAAAGUAAUUAAUUCCCAUAAAUCUAGAAAUUAACUUGCACUGUGCAUAGCAGAACAGGCUAUUUCUACUGUGUCAUAUAUCUGCGAUGGGGCUCGGUUUUCCCUUGGCUGUUAGCGUAGCCUACCUAAAGGAUAAACUGUUGUAAACUAGUUUGGCUGCUUUGUCCAUCUUCUGUUGUACUAAGAUAAGGAAUGCCUACCGUUCCAAGCCCACAUCACAUAUCGGCCCCUCUGGUCACUUGGCUGCAUACAGGCGGAGGCUACAGCGCAACCUUUAGAGACCAGGACAACAGAGGGAGGCAGAGCGGCUACAGGGUUGUUUCGAGUCAGUGGACUGGGUCGUGUUCAAGGACUCCUGUGUGGAUCUGAAUGAAUACACCACGGUUGUAAUGGACUUGAAAACUAGUGUGUCCCCACAAAAUCAUUCAGAACCUUACCCAGUCAGAAGCCCUGGAUGAAUCAUGACAUCCGCAGUCUCCUGGGGGCUAGAUCUGAGGCAGUAAGGGAUGGAGACCAAGAAAGUCACAAGGAGUCCAGUUGCGAUGUCUGGAAAGGCACCUUACGGGCGAAGUGACGGCUCCGGACUAAACUUGAUUCUACAAAGGAUCUGUUAUAAAGUGAAACAAAGCAACAAUUGCGGCAACUGGGCUUCGCUCCAGAUGAGCUCAAUCCCUGCUGUACUCGCUUUGACUCAAAACAUGGAGCAACCAUCACGGACUCCCGCAGCCCCCGAUGAGACCAUCAUUUCCGCCUUUGAGGCCGCCGAUCCCAGGAAGAGCAUCCGGACCAGACCGGGUAUCUGGCCGAGUACGAAGGAUCAACUGGCUGGAAUGGUCAAUGAGAUCUUUAACCUCUCCCUUCGGCCGCCUGUCGUACCCACCUGAUUCAAGCGGACUUCACUUACACCAAUGCCCAAGUAGAGCAUGGUGACCUCCCUUGACUAUCAUCCAUUAGUAUUUACAUCCACAGUGAUGAACUGCUUUGAGAGGUUGGUGAUGAAACAUAUCGACUCCUGAGAAGGGACUUGGGUCCACUCCAGGUUACUUACUGGAGCCACGGGUCCUCAGCAGAUGACAUUUUAUUGGCUCUUCACUCAACCCUGGAACAUUUGGACAGCAAAGGUGCAGACAUCAGGAUGCUCUUUAUUAAGAGUACAGCUCUGCAUUCAAUUCCAUCAUCACCCCCUGAAAACGAAUCAACAAGCUUCAUAACCUUGGCCUCAUAUGUCCUUGUGCAAUUUAAUCCUCAAUUUUCUCACUUGCAGACCCCAGUCAGUUCAGAUUGGCAACAAAACAUUUUCCACAAUCUCUGUCAGCACAGGUGGACCACAAGGCUGUGUGCUUAGCCCCCGCUCUACUCGCUUCACACUUAUAACUGUAAGGCUAAGCACAGCUCCAAUGCCAUAGUUACAUUUACUAACCACACCUCUGUCAUUGGCCAAAUCAAAGAUGCUGACAAAUCAGCAUACUGGAGGGAGAUUGAAAAUCUGGCUGAGUGGUGCCACAACGACAACCUCUCACUCAAUGUCAGCAAGACCAAGGAGCUGAUUAUUGACAUCGGGAGGAGGAAAUCAGAGAUUCAUGAGCCAGUCCUCAUCGAGGGAUCAGAGUUGGAGAGGGUUCAGCAACAUUAAAUUCCUCAGUGUUACCAUUUUGCAGGACCUCGCCUGGACCCAGCAUGUAAGUGCAAUUACAAAGAAAGUACAAUAGUGCCUCUAACCUCCUUAGGAAUUGGUGAAGAUUUGUCAUGAGAUCCAAGACUUUGACAAAGUUCAAUAGAUAUGUGGUGAAGAAUAUAUUGACUGGCUGCAUCACAACGUGGUAUGGAAAUACCUAUGCCCUUGAACAGAAAAUCUGACAAGAAGUAGUUGCUAUGGCCCAGUCCAUCAUGGGUAAAGCCCUCCACGCCACUGAGCACUGCUGCAGGAAAGUAGCAUCCAUUAUCAGGAACACGCACCCCCCAGGUCAUGCUCUCUUUUCACUGAUGCCAUUGGGAAGAAGGUACAGGAGCCUCAGGACCCACACCACCAGACAUGAGAAACCAAAGCUACACGGCAGAGCAACCAGCAGUGAAAAGCCACAACUAUUUGACCUUGCUUCAAGACGAGCAGAUGGCUCUGCCCGAAACCUGCAUUCAAAAUGGAGAAGUAGCUUGUGAAACAGGUCUUGAUGAUAAUCACUCUGAACUUCAAAGGAUUUUGGAAGAUUUCUUUGAGAUGAACAUGAAUUGUGAGCAAUACGAGGGUGGAAUCGAUGGCAUUGUGAAGUAUUUACAGGAUCCACGGCCUUUGAACACUAUAGCACUGGAACAAUAUUUUGGCCACAGCUCAAGCUUAACAGACGAUGAGGAGACCUGCCCAAGUUCAGUAACACCAUCCUACAUAAAAGCAAAAAGCAGGAAGAGAGCUGAUGACGGUGAUGACAGAGGAAAUGAAAUUAUAUCUGGGGAUCAAGCUGGAACACCAAAGCGAUUCAGAAGAGAAGCCAAAACCAAAAAUAAUAGUUUAAAGAAGAAAUCCAAAUGUAGUUCUCCAUCAGCUCUCACCAAAAGACAAGCUACACAGACCAAACAAAGUGAAGAGGAUCUAGAUGCUUCUCCAGGACAUUGUUCAAAGACACUGGAUGCCCUUUCCCCUGUUACCUGCUCUUCAGGUAUUGACCAUCUGAAAGAACUCAAGAAUCAUGUCUCACACUUUGGAUCGAGCGCGCAUCUCAUUCCAGUGAACAAAGAUGACUCUGCCACUAAGGGAACAGUCGUUUCUCCUCCUGCAGGUUUUCAGCUUCUGUCGUCAAGCACGGUUCCACAGCACGUCAUCAACGUACCCAUUAAUGGAAUCAUCUGCUUUUUAGUUCUAAAUGAAAAUUCGCAAAAUCUUGAAAUAGCAACCCUGCUACAAACAACGCCUGACCAUUCCCAGCGUGGUUCCGUGAAUGUUUCAGUGAUACCAGGAAAUGCUUCGCCUGUUAUUUCCAACGCUGCCUCUCCUGCCAGUUCUGUCGGCAGCCCUACUACCCCAGGGGCCUGCAGUCCUCAAUCUGCCGACUAUCAUUGGUUGCAGGAGACCACGAUGAGCGCGCAACCUGUGGACGUUCCAAUGACCCCGCUCUCUGUAGGCAGUGUGGGACCAGAAGGUGUAGAAGACUGUGUAACAAUGGUGAAAGAAUAUCUGAAGGACAUGACCCAACACUCUUACAUUUGCCAUGAGCACGACGAGAUGCUUCUUGAAGAUAUUUACGUGGAUGUCUCAAUGGUGGAGGUUCAAGCUGAAACCAAGUCUGGAAGGAAUUCCACAAAGUGCUUGGACAAGGAGUGCAGGAUCUAUGACAUUGCAGAACGAGAAAGAAGAGCCGUGAACAUGGGCAAUCUCUUCCACAUCUCAGGGAAAAAGCAGAAAGAAACGAAAGUAAUUGCACUGUUGGGAAGAGCAGGGAUUGGCAAAAGCGUGAUUGUCCAAAGGAUCUGCCACAACUGGGUAAAUGGCAGCUUCCAGCAGUUCUCAUUUGUUUUCUGGUUUAAGUGCAGGACACUCAACUUCACAAAGCAGUACACGUUAAAGGAUUUACUCUUCCAGCCAUUCCUUCCUUCGCCGAAGAACAGGGAUGAAGUCUUUCAGUACCUGUGUCAAAACCCACACAAGGUUCUGCUUGUUUUUGAUGACUUUGAAGAUCUCCAGCAUCCCGACGGCCUACUGCAGCUCACAGCCUGCAGCUCAGCUGAGAAGCCAUGCAGUGUCAAGCAGCUGCUGGCAGGCAUUCUGCAGAAGAAGCUGCUCACGGGGAGCACGGUGCUCGUCACGGCGAGGCCCAAAGAGACCUUUAACCAAUACCUCGGCAAGGUGGACAAGAUUGUUGAAGUGCUGGGUUUCAGCCCGGCUCACGUGCAGGAGUUCCUGCACAAGUACUUCGAAGACCGUCUUGUAGUUGGAGAAGUGGUUUCGUGUCUUCAGCAGCAGCCGUACAUGCUCAGUUUAUGCCACAUUCCUUUAUUAUGCAGGUUUAUCUGUUUUGUUCUCAAGUGUCAGUACCGGCAUGGAGAGGCUCGCUUAGCACUGCCACCAACCCUCACGGACUUAUUCCUGAACAUUCUCCAGAUCCUCCUGUGCUCUGGAGCUCCUGCCUUUCCGCAGAACCAAUACGUAAUGGCCACACAGAAGCACAGCCUGCUGGAGGUAAGCAGGCGCGCCUUCGCGGGAGUGCAGCGCCACGAAUGUGUGUGCACGGAGUCGAGCAGGUCCACAGAAAUGUCAAACUUCGCUCUGAACCAUGGACUUCUGAGACCUUUCUUAAAGACUGGUGAAGUUAAAGAACAGGAGUGUGGGAAAACCUUUUCCCAUUCCUCCCUACAGAACUUCCUGGGAGCUCUGCACUUACUGUUUUCAGAAGAAAUCAGAUGUAAAGGCCUUACUAAGAUUAUUCUGCUACAGCAGAAGAGAAGGAAAUCUCAGGCAGACUGGUUGGACAUUGUCCGAAGGUUUCUGACUGGACUAGCGUACAGGGAAGGAAAUACCUUUCUGAACUGUCUCUCUGGUUGUUCAAAGGCAAACAUUAAGAGCAAAAAACAAAAGUGUUUGUGGAAAUACUUCUCUGAACUCGAGGUGAACUCACUCAGCGCCAGUAAGCUACUGGAGCUCUGUCACUGCGUUUAUGAAGCACAGAGUGUGGAACUCACCGCACAAGUGGCGGCUAAACUGAGUGAAACAUUGUCCUUCAGAGGUAUGCGACUGACCCCUUCUGACAUAUUGGUAUUGGUGUACGUCAUGCAGAGAGCUCCGAGUAACUUCGCCGUUGACUUAAGGGAUACGAGCAUCGACCUGCAAGGGAUCAAGCAGUUCAUCGAAUCGAAGAAUGUGACCUCCUUCAGGGUGUCGAUAUGCGACGCGGUAAAACUCUGGGAGCACUUGGAACAAAUGGAAUUACACGAGCUGCUGCACCUGUCCCUUGUCAAGUUCUCUGUCAAUCCUUUUGAAGUUAAGAGUUUGAAAGAUAUUGACGACCUUGAUUUACUGGUACGGAUUCACAAGGAAAGGAGAUUCCUGUCAAGUGCCCUGAGAACAUCCAGAGAUGAACUCCAAGGAUUACCUGCAGUGAGGAGCCUACAAGUGCUGGAAUUUGCCCUCGGCCCUGUAAAUGGACCUCAGGGAUUUCAGAAACUAACAAAGAUUCUACCGUCACUGGUAUUCCUGAAAUAUUUAGACCUUGAAGGGCCAAGUUUGCAGAAAGUUAAAAUGAGUGAAAAUAAAAUUGGAGACAAAGGAGCUGAGCGAUUGGCAGAGGUGCUGUCUCACUUAACGUGUCUGGAAAAAUUGAUAUUAUCACGCAACCAGAUCGCAGACCGAGGCGCACAGGAGUUGGCAAGAUCUCUUCCCAACCUAAAAUUCUUGAGGACUCUCAGUUUGUAUGACAACAUCAUUGGUGACGAAGGUGCAGAGAAGCUAGCAGAAAUACUCCCAGUAAUGAAAUCAUUGAAAGUUCUGGAUGUUAAAUUCAACAAAAUUACAGAUGUAGGAGCCCAGAGACUGACACAGAGCUUAAAGCAUUGCCCCCAUAUUGAGAAAAUAUGGAUAUGGAGUCCUACAAUUACACAUUGGAUGUCAGAACACAUUCAACAGAUUGAUGUCAGAAUUAAUUUACAGUAGGAAAACCUUUCUCAAAAUUUCAGAAGAAACACAGUUGAGAAUUGGGACUUUGCAGAGGAAAGCUCAACUCUUUGCACUGAAGCUUUGUAGAUUGCACUGUGGGACCAAAGCCUUAGUCUUUACUACCCCUUUGAUCACUUUCAUCACUUUGAAACAAUAAGACUCUCAAUGAAGGUUGCCCAUGUAUAAACUUCUUUGACCAGAGAUGGACUAGAAUAUAGAACUUAUUACUGCAUGGGGAUGAUCAAGAUCAUUAGCAUUAACGCAUUUGACAAGAUGCUGAGUGACUGUGUGAGGUUGAAAAGAAGGGAUGAUCAGACAGUUUAGGUUAGAUGGGCAAAGACUUGGAUGGAGCAUAACCAUCUGCAGAACCAGGUGGGUUAAAUGCUCUUUUACUAUAUUGUACAUUUUAUCUUAAUUAAUAUUCUUCUUAAUGUGGUAAUUGACUUUAUGUCAGGUUGAACUUUAUGGAGAAGGACACAGUUGGGAGUGAAGCAAUGCUUCAAGUAUCCUACUGCUCCCAUGAUCCUAAAAUUAGCAAGAAUAACACAAGGGAUUAUGUAGAGCAUAUUCUUUGCAGGCAGCUAAACCUGACGUAAGUGGAAGACCAAAUGAAUCAUUAAUUAAGCUUUGCACAACGUAAAGAAUUGCACUAGAUGACUUUAGUGAAAAUUGCAUGCUGCUGCUGAACUCUGUAUUGAAAGAACCAUGUUAAUAAAAAUUCUUACGCUAAAAUACAGAGUUGGCAACUGACUUGCUUAACCUCUUGUGGUGCAAUACUGCUGAUGGAGAGCAUUUCAGUCAAAAUCAAAAAUUAUCCUGGAGUGGUGAGGAGGUUCUCAGAUUAGCUGGUAUGUCAAUAUAAGACACAUUUUACUAUGAUAUUAUUUCCAGUUAUGUAACAAACUAUUUCUUAUGUUCUGGUUGUACCAAAUCGAAUAUCACAAAGUUAGCAACACUCUAACCCAAAAAAUACUUCAACUUUCAGCAGCACAUUUCUUGAAUCAUAAAUGUGACAUUUCUAUAAUGCACAAAAACAAUCUUUAUCAUUUAUUGGAGAGGGAUUUGUCUGAAUUGCCAAUUAGCCCCACAAACAUACGGAUUUGCAGAGAAGGACUGGGCUUCAGGGGAACUAGGUUAACCUGGGUUGAUUUAAGCCCUUCCUUAAAUUGUUGAACUGAGGGAACUAACCACUGUUAAAUGUCUAACUAUAAGGGAUAUUGGCAAAAUGAUAAUUCUCCAUAGAUAGGAUGGAGAAGAUGAUUACCCACCUUUAAUUCUGCAUCAUUAUAAUUGCAAUAAAAAGCAGUAACAUAAUUGAGACACUUCUUACUUAACUAAUCAAUAUUUCAAAAAUUUUAAGAGUUUAAAUAUUGCAAGUAUUCUCUCAUAAAACUGCUCCUGAAAAGUAUAAAAUCACAGAAUGUAUUUUAAUUCAUCAACUGUUGUACAGAAAUGAAUUGUUCUUUUUCAAUUUAUGAAAUGUUACCUAUCUGAAAAAUGUCACAAUGUGUUUGUACAAUGCAUCAGUGUAUAGCAGAAAUGUAAGGAUAUUUGUACAGAAUGAAUGCUGUCAGAAGAGUAUAAAAACAAAGUUGAUGUUCUUAAGUUUUAAUUUAAAAAAGAAAAGCUUGUUUUUGGUUUUGCUGUUAAAAACAAAUUGCACUAAACCAUCAUUUUAACUUUAGCUGCUGUUCCGAAUAAACUUAACAAAA